AUGGCUGUGACACCCAAAUCUCACUACCGCAUUGCGUCGAUUCCCGCCGAUGGCAUCGGACAGGAAGUUAUCGGUGCCGCGAUCGAAGUAGUCAAUGCAUUGGCCAAAACUCUCCAAACGUUUACAAUCGAGUUUGAGCAUUUACCAUGGGGGACCUCGUACUACAAGGGGCAUGGCCGUUACAUACCGGAAGGCGCGCUAGAUACGUUGCGCUCUUUCGACGCCGGCCUUUUCGGAUCCGUUGGAGCUCCUGACGUCCCGGACCACAUCUCUUUAUGGGGCCUCUUGCUAGCCAUCCGCGGACCUCUCCAGCUGUACGCCAACGUACGGCCAGUGCGAACCUUCCCUGGGACCCACUCACCUCUCAAGACAAUCGACGAAAGAGGCGUUGACUGGAUGAUCAUCCGCGAGAACUCAGAGGGAGAAUACGCGGGCCAGGGCGGAAGAUCACACCUGGGUCAAGCUUGGGAGACAGCAACAGAGGUGGCCAUCUUCACCAGGAUCGGCAUUGAGCGUAUCAUGCGCUUUGCGUUUGAAACCGCUCAGUCUAGACCUGCCAAGCGACUCACUGUUGUGACCAAGUCCAAUUCGAUGCGCAACGGUAUGGUUCUAUGGGACGAGGUGGCACUCGAGGUAUCCAAGGACUUUCCCGACGUCCAGUGGGACAAGAUGCUGGUCGAUGCGAUGACGGUGCGGAUGAUCGCCAAACCAUACUCAAUCGACACCAUUGUUGGGACGAACCUGCACAUGGAUAUUAUCUCAGACAUGGCGGCGGCUCUUGCAGGGUCCAUCGGCAUCGCUCCGUCCAGCAAUCUCGAUCCGACGCGGAAGAAUCCUAGUCUAUUUGAGCCGGUCCAUGGCUCGGCGUUCGAUAUCACCGGAAAGGGUGUUGCUAAUCCGAUAGCUGCUAUCUGGUCAGCGGCUGAGAUGUUGCGGUGGCUUAGAGCCUCGGAGGCUGCGGACAAGCUUAUGGCGUCGAUUGAGAGAGUUUGCCAAAGUGGUACUCUUACGCCCGAUUUGGGAGGGAAUGCCACUACUACGGACGUUGUGGAUGCUAUCAUCAAUGACAUUUAUCAAUUUUAUAGACUUCCGGAUUAG